AUGCCUCGACGACGUGUGAUGAACUCCGAAAGUGAAGAGUCGGACUUCGAGACUUGGGAAACUCCUAGUGCUUUAACGGCAGCGUAUGAUCAAGGCGAGGAACCGUCCAGCAACACGAUGUCCACAAUUGAGGAGUUUGAAUCACUUGCGGGCAAGAAGUUGAGUGAGGAAGAUGAGAAAUACGUAGCUUGGGCUCUAGUCAAAUGGGAUGGCCUGGGCUAUGAAGAUGUGAAAGUGCCAAAACGGAAAAAACGCGCAAGCAUGGAGAAGGAUGGAAAAAAGUGGCUACUGUCCAAAAAGUUUACAGUCGAUCUCCCUCCAGACGUCGGUCAGAGUCCUGGGCUCAAGCUCAUGCCCUUCCAAGUCGAUGGCGUGAAUUGGCUUUGCCAUAACUGGAACAUAGACCAAAACUGUAUUCUCGCGGAUGAGAUGGGUCUUGGGAAAACUGUCCAGAUCGUAACUUAUCUCGGGUACAUCAUCUCCACCUUCGGCGCUUCGCCGGCUCUUGUUGUCGUUCCCAACUCCACCCUCACAAAUUGGGUCCGUGAAUUCGAGCGAUGGGCACCGAAUUUGCGCGUCGUUCCGUUCUAUGGCGAGGCCAAGGCUCGCGAUAUCAUUAAGAGAUAUGAGCUUUUCCACACCAAAAUUGCGAAGGAUACCACCGGAGCCAAAUACCACGUCUUGGUCACAACAUAUGAGACGAUCACGAACAGCCGAGAAUUUAGCCUUUUCAAGACCACGCCUCGCUGGGAAAUGCUGGUGGUAGAUGAGGGACAGCGUCUCAAGAGCGAUGCGAGCCUCAUCUUCAGAAGACUGAAAGAGCUCAACACGUUCCAUCGCGUCAUCAUGACCGGGACUCCUCUGAACAACAACAUUCGCGAGUUAUUCAACCUCAUGAACUUCCUUGAUCCCGACGAAUGGGAAGAUCUGGAGGGGCUGUCCAAAGAAUACGAGGAGCUCACUGACGAGUUGGUCAAGCAGCUCCACAGCCAGAAUCUCGACAUCUUACGGAAGCUCGCUGAAGGUAGCUCCACCCAGAAGAACAAGGCCGCUCUCACGAAGACGAACAUGAACAACAUCUUGAUGCAACUUCGCAAGUGUCUACAACAUCCGUACCUUGUAUCCGAGACCAUUGAACCACGAGGACUGCCUCCAAACGAGACUCAUGAGCGGCUUUUCAGCAUUGCACUCGACGUUGUCGAAGACUUCCUCGUUGGCGAGAACAUCAAAUAUCUCCGUCUUGAUGGGAGCACGAAGCAGCUCGACAGGCAAAAGGGCAUGGACGAAUUCAACAAGCCCAACUCCGAUAUUCUGAUAUAUCUCUUGACGACUCGUGCCGGUGGUGUCGGUAUCAAUCUCUGGAGUGCAGACACGGUGAUCGUUUUCGACCCCGACUUCAACCCCCAUCAGGAUCUCCAAGCCAUUGCCCGAGCACAUCGAUAUGGCCAACAGAAAACCGUACUGGUGUUCAAGUUCAUGGUCAAGGAAUCCGCAGAAGAGCGCAUUAUGCAAACUGGAAAGAAGAAGCUUAUCCUUGAUCAUCUUAUCGUCCAGAAGAUGGAUGACGAGGAGGGGAGCAAGGAAGACGUCCAGUCGAUGCUUAUGUUCGGCGCGAAGGCGCUCUUCGAAGAGAACGCGGAAACAGUUGCUCGAGAAGUUCAUUACUCGGAGCACGACAUCGAGAGUCUCAUCGAGAAGACGGAGAAGGAAGGAGACCAGGUCGAACCUGAAUCCAACGCCGGGUCUCUGUUUGCGUUCGCAAAAGUUUGGUCGGCUGACAAAGAGGGUGUCGAAGAUUUAGCGGACGACGUUCCUGAAAACGCUGAGGAAGCGGACUCAUGGACGAAGGCUCUCGAGCUAAUUGCUGCUCGGAGAGGUGCCGAGAAAGAACAGGAGCUCACAGGACGUGCAAGAUCUGGACUUUGGGGAUUCUCCGAGAAAGGACAAGGCGAAAUCCAAGAAGAGGAGGAAGCAAAGGGAAAACUAGGCUCCGACGAUUCGGACUUCCAUGCACCAGCCUCCAAAUCUGACAGCGAGUCCGAUGAGACAACAGACGUGCCUAUGGACGUAGACGACAUGCUCACGUGCCCGAAUCGGCAGUCCCUGACAGGCUCUCUGGAUGACGUGUGUGGACUGUGCGCCCAACGGCAUGCCCCGGGGUCGUGCGUCAUGACGGAGGACCCUGAGAAUUUGGCUCAGUACAGGCUCAUGCUCAUGCAACAUGCUGGAGACGAGACGCCUGAGGAAAGGCGUGCCGCCAUCCGGGUCAUUGAUGAGACGCUCUACCACCUGGGGAAGAUUAAACUAAUCUAUGGCCAACCGCUGCACCUCGUGGAAACUCCUGAAGCACCUGUACCCCCGCGACCCGCGAAGAAGCCAAGGACGGCAAAUACCCUCGCCCGUCCAGCGGGUCAAGUGCAACCACCGGUGCCUGCUGCUAAUAUCGCCAACCAGACCCGACCAAUCGUCGGUCCAUCACGCAUCCAGGGUGUCACGCCUACGGCUGGCCCAUCUACCGCAGCUCCCUACACAGCCGACGUGCGGCGUAGCCACCCGACCACGGCUUCCGCGCGCACACCCACGCACCCGCUGUUACCGAGGGGAUCAACUACGCAAGCGAACGCCAGCGGUGCACAUCACCCAAGCAAUCCAGCGGCUUUCCCAGACCCUGCGCGCAAGGCAACCGUGCAGCGCCUCAAGAGCAUCCUGGUCGACCAGCAAAGACGUCUGCUGGCGGCGUCAUCGGCCCAGGGCGACCUGCCUCUUCGGCCAUCGAUCCGAGUGGCGAUCCGUGACACGCACCAGACGUGUUCCAGGGUGUGCUCGUGCCGUGCCGCGAACGUGAUAGACUAA